AUGGGCCCGCGGAGCCGCGAGCGUCGGGCGGGAGCAGUGCGGAGUACCAACGAUAGCAGCGCCCUCAGCAAGAGUUCCCUGGCCACGCGCGGGUACGUGCACGACACCUUCGCCGCGUUGCUAGUUCCGGGGGCCGCUCGCCGCGCGCCGCUCAUCCACCGCGGCUACUACGUCCGCGCACGCGCCGUACGGCACUGCGUGCGCGCCUUCCUGGAACGGACGUGCGCCGCCCCGGGAGCGCCUCGCGCCCAGAUCCUGUCGCUGGGCGCCGGCUCGGACUCGCUUUAUUUUCGCCUCAAAGCUGCAGGCCGCCUGUCCUGGGCUGCCGUCUGGGAGGUCGAUUUUCCAGACGUGGCGCGGCGCAAAGCGGAGAGGAUUAGAGAGACGCCGGAACUGUGUGCGUUAACCGGGCCUUUCCAGAGCGGGGAUCCUGCGUCAGCGCUGUGCUUUGAGAGUUUGGACUACCGCAUCCUGGGCUUGGACUUGAGGCAGCUUGAGCGAUUGGACCAGGCCCUGACCGCCGCGGGCCUUGAUGAAGCCGCGCCCACUUUGCUCUUAGCUGAGGCCGUGCUGACCUACCUGGAACCGGAUAAUGCAGCGGCCCUCAUCGCCUGGGCAGCCCAGCGGUUUCCUAAUGCUCUUUUCGUGAUCUACGAGCAGAUGAGGCCGCAUGACACCUUUGGCCAGUUCAUGCAGCAACAUUUUCAGCAGCUAAAUUCUCCUUUGCAUGGCCUGGACCGCUUUCCCGACGUGGAGUCCCAGCAGCACCGCUUCCUUCAGGCUGGCUGGACUGCCUGCAGGGCCAUGGACAUGAAUGAAUUCUAUCGCUGCUUUCUGCCCGCAGAAGAACGUCGGCGCAUGGAAAAUCUUGAACCCUUUGACGAGUUUGAGGAGUGGCAUCUGAAGUGCGCCCACUAUUUCAUUCUCGCCGCUUCUAAGGGAGACACUCUCUCCCAAACUCUGGUGCUUUCAUCCCCAGAGCUGUUUCCUCGGGUAGAUCCUGCUGCCCCUUCAGGGAUCCUCCUUGCCAAUGUAGCCACUAGUGACAGCCAGAGCCCAAACUUUAAGAGAUAUGGCCACGCCUCUGUCCUUUUGAGCCCAGGCAUUCUCAGUGCAGGUGGAUUUGGAGAGCAGGAGGGGCGGCAUUGCCGAAUGAGCAAGUUUCACUUGCUCUCAAGAUGCUGUGACUUGGAAUGGAAAGGCAAACAAAUAGGCAGUUGGGGGACUGAAGCUCAGUGGGAUGGACGCCUUUAUCACACCAUGACAAGACUUUCUGAUACUCAGGUUCUGGUUCUGGGAGGGAGACUGUCCCCAGUAACUCCAGCCUUGGGGAUUCUCCAGCUUCGUUUUUGUAAGAGUGAGGAUGAUAGCACUGAGGAUCUAAAUGUAAUGGUAACAAAAGCUAGCACAGAAGAAGAUUCCACUUUGUCAUGUUGGCGGCAUUCAACAACAGAAGUGUCCUAUGAAAAUCAGAAAUAUUUGUUUGUAUAUGGGGGCCGAAGUGUGGUGGAACCUGUAUUGAGUGACUGGCAUUUUCUCCAUGUGGAGUCAAUGACUUGGGUCAGGAUCCCAGUGGAGGGGGAUACACCUGAAGGUCGGCAUUCCCACAGUGCCUGCAGCUGGCAAGGGGGAGUCCUUAUUGCUGGAGGCCUGGGUGCUUCUGAGGAGCCAUUGAGCUCUAUAGUCUUUCUGAAACCAAUCACUUGUGGAUUCCUCUGGAAAUCAGUAGAUAUCCAGCCUCCCAUUACCCCAAGGUACUCCCACACAGCUCAUGUGCUUAAUGGGCAGCUUCUACUGGUUGGAGGGGUCUGGAUUCAUUCCUCCUCAGUUCCUGGGGUGACUGUUAUUGACUUGACUACAGGAUUGAGCUCUGAGUAUCAGAUUGACACAACAUGUGUACCAUGGCCACUAAUGUUGCACAAUCAUACCAGCAUCCUCCUUCCUGAAGAGCAACAGCUCCUGCUCCUUGGAGGUGGUGGGAACUGCUUUUCCUUUGGCACCUACUUCAACCCCCAUAUAGUAACAUUAGACCUUUCUUCCCUGAGUGCUGGGCAGUAAGGACUAGACUUUUGAUAUAUUCAGGAUCCACUAAAGUAGACAAUAAAGGUUUCCACAAAUAGGAUUUGACUUUGUUUAUAGAUAUUACCACAUUCCACGCCCCUCCUUUUAUUUUAU